AUGAUCAAUAACCAAUCACCGUACCAACCUAGACAGCUGUUUAAUAGAAGAUUACACAGUAACUCAGUAAAUGAAAAUGAUAAAGAUGAAUUAAAUAGUAGCAAUAAUAAUAACAUUACCAAUACCAAUAAUAACUCCAAUACCAAUUCCGAUAAUAAAAAUAGCAACAUUAAUAAAAAUAGUAGUGGCAAUGUUUUAACCUUAAAUGAUAUUUCAAGCAACAAUAUUAAAAAAGAAAACUUAAAUAAUAGUAAUAGAAAUAUAAAUAGUGUUAAUAACCAUAGUAAUAGCUUAAACUUCAAUCUUAUAAAUAAUAAUAACUAUAACAAUAGCAAUACUUUCAAAGAUUUCCAAGAUGAUGAUUUAUUUAAGAGAAAACCAAACCCAAACCAAUCACAACCAUCAACCAUUACAAAAAAAAGUUCAAAGAAUGUAUUAAAAAGUGAAAGUUUCCCAAUGAUACCAAGUAAUUGGGAAAAUUCAAAAUAUCCAAGUUAUUUAAAGUUUAGAUCAUAUUAUGUAACUUUGAAAUCAAAAAAAUAUAUUUUAAUGAACUUAUCAUUUUUAGUGGGUUCAUUUUUAUCCUAUUAUUCUAUUUAUUAUUACGAUUUUCAUAAAGGAAAUCAAUUUGUUUUUUAUUUAUCAAUUAUAAUUACAACAUUAUUUUUUAGUUUUUCAGUACAUAACAUUUAUCUUCACUUUGAAAAGGUACCAGAACUUCAAAUGACUGAAGAAGAAAGAGUUCUUUAUGGAUGGCCAGCAAACUUCCCAUCAUCACCAAAUUCACAUUUAUCACCAAUUAAACCAAAACAACAACAACCAAUUAAUAAUACUUCAACACCAUUAAAAUCAAAUUUGGAUCAAUUGAAUUCCAUUUCCCCAAUCCAAAAAAAUUUACAACCAUUAGAUGGUUUUAUUUCAUCAUAUAGCUCAUAUGAUCAAUUUAUGAAAGCUAGAGAAUUAGCAUCAUCCACAUACACUCCAGGCGCAUCACAGUUUGGUCGUGUAUCAACGAACAAUAAUAAUAAUAAAUCAUUCGACGAUAUGGAAAGAGAAAGAAUGAACUACAAUUUCCAAGGUAGAUUACAAACCUCUCUUACAGAUUUUAGCUUUGAAAGAAAAGGAAAAGAUUUAUUAGAUGCAGUAAAUAGUAGUAAUGUCUCUUUUAAUGCCAUCAGUGGUGCUGGUGAUGAUAAUGACGAAAAAGAAGGUGAUAUUAGUAGUAACAGUGAUGGAAAAGUAGAUGGUGGUAGAGUAGAACUAAUAAAUGAAGAAAGACCAACCUAUUACCAAAGCUAUUCUGGAACACCAUACUUUGUUCAAAAACCAGUUGUUCAAGAGAUCAUUGUAAAACCUAAGACUUUCGAACAGGUUAUUGAAAAUAAAAAUAGCUUUUGGAAACGUUACAUCGAAGAUAACCACUUUUAUAAUAUUGUUAGUUGCUCAUCUAAAUGCAAACGUUGGUUUACAAUUAACAUCAUCUCUCAAUUAGUACAACCUGCUCAAACAUUCCUCCAAUUAAAAGAGGAUCUCCAAUUCCAACAUAUUCAAGAAGAGCAAUCAAAACCAUUCACCAAACUCCAAUAUGAACAAAUGAGCACACCAUUAGAGUUAAUGAAGAGUGUCUUAAAGAAUGUUCAAUACAAUUUAAAUUCAAUUAAUGACGUUCACCACAAACGUGAACCUGCAUAUAUUUGCCAAAGAAUUAUAGAGCUUUCAAGUGAUAAAUUUGUAUUCCAAGAGUUUGGUAGAGGCGGUCAAAAUUGGAUGGAUCAAUACCCAACUGAUGAACAACUCCUCUUUUGUUUAUUCUGUGCAUAUAUGGAUAAUAAAUUGUAUAGAGAUAUUACUGCCCCCAACCCAGAUAUACCAUUUUCAUCAAAAUACAUUAAAUUUCAAGAGAGUAAAUAUUUAAAUCCAAAUUCACCAAUGUUUAGCAUUGCAUUCAAAAGACCACUUCAUGUAGAUAUUUUACUUUCAGACUAUAGUCAAACCAUCGAGAUCUCCCCUGGUUUUGAUAAUUUAUUUUAUGCAAUUGUUUUAUUCUUUUAUAAUAUCAUAAAAAAUCAAAACGGUUAUUUAGAAGGUUUUAAUGUAGAUUUACUUCAAGUGGCACCAUUUUUACAACCAUUAUUAAAUACAAAUACAUUUGUUUCAAACAGCGAUGAUGAAGAUGAAUUUUAUUAG